CGUCAAGCUAUAGUUAACGCAAGUUUACAGGUUAGGUGUGUUGUUUGGAAGUUUUAUUGCGAGCGGUGAUAUUCAAAUUUUAAAUAAUAAAGAAAAAAAGAAUAACGUAAAAAUGAGUAAUUCAACUAUUUCUGAUCAAUCCCUCAUGGAUAAGUCCAUGCGAAGUGUAUUCGUCGGGAACAUCCCGUACGAAGCAACCGAGGAAAAUUUAAAAGAUAUAUUUAGCGAAGUUGGACCUGUACUUUCUUUCAAAUUGGUAUUUGAUCGUGAAACCGGGAAACCUAAAGGAUAUGGCUUCUGUGAAUACAAGGAUCAAGAGACGGCGCUUAGUGCUAUGAGAAAUUUAAAUGGAUAUGAAAUUGGUGGAAGAACGCUUCGAGUAGACAAUGCAUGUACAGAAAAGAGUCGUAUGGAAAUGCAAAGUCUUCUGCAAGGACAGAAUACUGAAAAUCCUUACGGAGAGGCAGUUCAAGCUGACAAGGCUCCGGAAGCUAUAAGUAAAGCGGUUGCUUCCCUUCCACCAGAACAAAUGUUUGAGUUAAUGAAACAAAUGAAACUCUGUGUGCAGAAUAAUCCUAACGAAGCACGCCAGAUGUUACUACAGAAUCCACAACUUGCUUAUGCUUUGUUACAAGCACAGGUAGUGAUGCGAAUAGUGGAUCCUCAUACUGCAGUUAAUAUGUUACAUAAAGCUAAUCCAAUCCCAGGAGUGUUAACACCUUCCGACAAACCAGUGACUCAUCAGAUUCCUCCACGUAUUGAAGAACCAUGGGCACCACCAAGACCUACGCCAGUUUCCAAUCCUCCUGCACCAAUUUUUGCUGGUCAGGAUGUAGAUCUUAGAACAUUAGAUAGACAAAUGGAUCCUCGUUUAGCAAGAAUGGAUCAGGAUUUGAGAGGACCGCCCCAAACUCAGACAACCCCAGUUACCGCACCACCGAUUAUAUCGGCUACUAGUGACCCGAGAGGGCCUACUUCUUUUAAUCUAACAGAUAACAGUCUUCCUGUAGAAGGAGUGGAGAGUAGUUUUUGCCGUGAUCCAAGAGCUGACAGAUUCGGUAGAGAUCCAAGGGAUCCACGAGAUCCCCGUAUGCCUAUUGAUCCAAGAAUUACUAAAGCCAACCCUCCUGUACCGGUAGCACCGCCGGUCGUACCGAGACCAGUAGCAGCACCUGCAGUUCCAGCGCAGACUGCAGUUUCGACUAGCGUUGUAGGUUCUGCUACUGCUCUUUCAACAUCUGCAAGUUCUGCUACUUCAAGACUCAUGGCAGGAAUGUCUCCAGCAGGAAAUAUACCAAGUGGUGCAUCAGACCAAGAAAAGGCUGCUUUAAUAAUGCAAGUAUUGCAAUUGUCGGAUGAACAAAUUGCUAUGCUUCCACCAGAACAAAGACAAAGUAUUUUGGUUCUUAAAGAACAAAUUGCUAAAAGUACACAGCGUUAAUGAUAUACGAUAUAAUAGAUGAUGUCGUUUAACAAAAUAUUAAUAAAAUUAUUUUGAUAUACAUAUGUUGACACAAAUAAUGAUAAAGACUAUAUCUAUAGGAACAUCAGUUUUUUUUCUUUUUUUUAAAUUACUUAUUUAUAUGUAUUUGUAUAUAAAAAAUAAGUUUCAUGUAAACUAUUCUGAAAUAAACACAAAUAAUUAA